AUGUCCUGCCGUAGCAACGAAUCCAUACAUACAGGCAAGACGUGCACAGUAGAGCUUCUGAGAUACCUUGACGAUGUGUACCUAUACGAAAGGGAAGCAAAAAAGACAUUCAUUAAAAUGGACAUGUUACCAUCCUAUCUACAAGACAUUAAUAUUUGCUUUGUUGCUGGACGUCCUGACGAUGCACAUGCUUUUUUUGUGUUUUUAAUCAACAGUUUGUGCAGCACAUCACAAAGAUCAGAGAAGGUGCUCAAGGAGUGUUGCUUUUUUAUGGAAAAAGAUUCUGUAACCUGCCCCCAAUGUGGCGACGUAUGUUCCCAAACAAACCCACAGCUGUGCAUUGAGCUACACAUACAUGGUCCCAGAAAAGCCCAUAUCCAGGAUCUCAUAACUGAUUUUACAUCUUCGAAAGUGGAAGUAGAUCGCUUUUGCUCAAGAUGUAAGAACGGCAAGAAAAUAAAAGAAGCACGCAUAAUUGACUUUCCUAGAUUACUAGCUGUACAUGUCUCAAAGACCCGAAGCAAUGAUGGAUCACCACAAGUUCAGAUUCAAAGUACACUACUCACAGUUUGUGGAGAGAAAAAGACAGCUAGAUACAAACUUGUGGCUGCUAUAAGAUACUUAGAAAUUGGAUUUGGUGUGAACCACUACACAUCAUUUGUUUGUUCCCAUGAGGACCCCACACAGUGGUUCCACAUUGAUGAUUCAAAGGUGGAAGUUGUUAGCACAGUAACUGUUCUACAACAAGACCCCUUCAUGCUCUUCUAUCAGUUGGAAGAACAGGGACUACAGACCAUGCCUGUGACUCUCAGUCAGGCUAGUUGCUUAUUCACAAACGCAUAUCUGACAGAUAUUGUUAUGACAGAGUAUGGUAAUCUUAUAGCCAGUGAAGCCCAAAAGAUAGGAAAGUCUGUUUUUAUCUUGGGAUCACAGUUCUUCUCAAAGCUAUGCUUAACGGGUUAUUCAGGGGUUAGGAGGUGGUACAGAAAGGAAAACCUAAUGGAGAAGGACCUCCUCUUAUGUGUCAUUAACGAUGUGGGAAUUCAUUGGACCUUACUGGUUAUUGACAUCAAGGCAAAGCUUGUGGAAUACUAUGAUUCAUACAAAGCAAAUAAGGAAAAAUACUGGCAAACAAUACGGUCCUUUCUUGAAGAGAGGAAUAAGGAUCAAAACCUUCCUAUACCAGAUUGGGAGAACUGGCAGUAUGUUCAUAAAACUGAUCAGCCUGAGCAAACAAACGGAUAUGAUUGUGGAGUUUUUGCAUCACAGUUUGCCUUAUACCGAACAAUGGGAAUGCCAUGGGAUUUUCAAGAGGAACAAAUGUGCAUAUUUAGAAAGAUCAUGGCAGAAGAAAUCCUCAAUUUUAAGCUACUCUCUAUGAACGCACGGAAUGCACUUCUUAGGAGUGAUGUACCCCCUGAAUUUAAAUACCAGCCUGUGUACCUAGAGCCAAAUAGAGCUAAGAGACUCCACUGUCGGAUAAUUACCACAGACGCGUCUUUUCAAAAGGUAGAUACCUCCCCAACAAAACAAAAACAGGUCAUGGAUAGUAAGGUUGCAUCACCAUAUGAACCUAGAGUAAGUGUGUUACCAUCUACGAGUUCUACAUCUAUCCAAACAUCGAAACCAGUCUCUCACUGUGCCAAAAUUCUUAAAGGGGAUAAUACUACUCACCAGGCAAAACCAACGACUACCUCACAUACAUCACAAUCGUCUCACCGGCAAUUGUCUUUGGCUCCAGUAUUGUCGAGCAACUCAUUGGCCACACUCAAGAAACGGCCACUAGCAGACCUAACAAGUAGAGCAAAUGUCAGUAAAACGUGUAUACGUACGAAGACCACAGUGAGCUCAAAUGGCAGAAACAAAAAAUCUAGUUUCCUAUGCCCACAUUGCCCGAACAGUUAUGCCCACAGACCAAGUGUUUCUAAGCACAUUCAUAGGUGCCAUCAAGGAGCUCAGCUCAGUGAAGGCACAAUAACGUGCAGUAAAUGUUCAUUCAGAUUGAAGACAAUCGCUGAUCUUAUAGCUCAUUUACAAUUGAGCCACAAUAUGAACAUGGAAGUGAACGAAGCCAAUUUUCAUACUUUUGAUGAAUUUCUGGAAUGGAAGGAGGCAGAAGAAUUAGCCAACAAAUCUUCCUUUAUUCAGCAUUGUGCUCCAAAGACAUAUCAAACCACUCAGGUAUAUUACUACUAUUGCAAUCGGGCAGGAGUGUACACAUGUAUGAGUAAAGGUGUAAGGCAAACCAAGACUCAAGGUACGAGCAAAAUUGGUGAACAAUGUACUGCUCAUAUGAGAGCGGAGAUAAACCUAUUAACCAAUAAAGUGGUAUUAAAAUAUUGUUCAACUCAUUACGACCACAGUACCCAACUUGCUCAUUUACGCUUACCUACUUCCAAGCGAAUGGAGAUGGCUGGUAAACUAUACCAGGGUACCCCAAUAGAGCGCAUUCUUGACGACAUCUAUGACUCAGUACCUGGUAAGCUACACAGAGAGCACUUAGUCACGAAGCAAGACCUGCAUAACAUUAAGAAUCAAUACAACAUUGAGGGCAUUAUGAGACAUGCCAACGACUUAACUAGCUUAACAGCAUGGGUACUAGAAAUGUCAACACUAACCCACAACCCAGUAAUAAUCUUCAAGCAACAAGGACUAAAGCAAGGUCAUAAAAUAGACAAUGUUAGUGAUAACGAUUUUAUUAUAGGAAUUCAAACUGAAUUUCAAAGGGACAUGAUGAGGCAGUUUGGUUCUUUAACUAUGUGUAUCGACACUACUCAUGGUACAAACAUGUACGACUUUAAUUUGUUAACCUUACUCGUCCUGGACGAGUACAAUGAAGGAGUACCUGUUGCAUGGAUGAUUUCAAACCGGCAAGACUCUUUGAUUCUUGUGGAAUUUUUCAAGGCUGUUAAAGAGAAAACAGGGGACAUCUCUCCUCAAUGGUUUAUGUCCGACGACGCAGAACAGUUCUUUACUGCAUGGAGAGCUGUAUUUGGAGACAACCAAACCAAAAAGCUACUCUGUACAUGGCAUAUAGACAGAGCUUGGCGUCAUGCACUCCAAGAGUAUGUACCCAAUAGGAGUGAUCAAAUAGAAAUUUACCAUCAGCUCCGUUUACUCCUUACAGAGCUAGAUAAAUCAAAAUUUCGUUUAUGCCUCCAACACUUCAUUACAGAAGUUAGUCAAAAACAAAAGAAGUUCUUCUCUUACUUUCAGAUGCACUAUACAACUCGCUUAGAUCAAUGGGCUUAUGCAUACAGGUGUCACACCACAGUGAACACCAACAUGCACUUAGAGACUUUUCAUCGAACUCUGAAAGUUGUUUACCUUCAGCACAAGCAAAAUAGACGGAUUGAUUACCUGGUUACAACCCUCCUUAAACUAGCCAGAGACAAGAUAUUCGAGCGGUUCAGAAAGUUGGAGAAAGGGAAACAGUCACAUAGGAUCUGUGAAAUAAACAAAAGGCAUAAAAAAGCAAUUCAAAUGCAAGCAAGUGGAUUUAAGGAGACGCAACUAAGCAUUAACCAAUGGAAAGUACCCUCACAGAGCUCACAAGACACGCAGUAUAUAGUAACUAAAGUUCUAAGCCAAUGUGAAUGCCCUUUACGUUGCUCAACCUGCAAUACCUGCUUUCACAUGUACACGUGAACCUGUCUAGAUGCCACUAUCCAUUGCACUGUGUGUAAACAUGUACACAUGAUCUGCUUAGGAGACACUGGGAACCACUCCGGCAAGAUUGUCCCUAUGGAAAAAGAUGACAUUGAUGAAAUGUACUUCUCUACACUGGUAAAGCAGCCAAUUACAUCAGAGACUGACAAAAUACGUCAAAAGCUGCAAGCUAAGUUACAAGAGAUUCAUCACAGCAGUACCCAAAUCUCACACAAUGAAGCCCUUCAUGCUGCGCUCAAGCUAGUAAAUGCAGCAUCGACAAUGCUUCAUGCUGUAAACCAAAUGGAAAGCAAUACCAAAGCGUUAAAUCUGACCAGAAAGAGAGUCAUUGCACCUAAUAGCAACCAACAAUCACAGCUGAGAUUUUUUUCAACGAAAAAAAAAAGAAAAACAGAAACUGGGUUAGCUAAGCCAACCAUUGAGCAAAUUUAUUCUCUCACCACUCAACUUCUAAAACAAGAGCCAUUAUUUUGUGCAGCUUGUUUUAAAAAAGAAGACAAAACUAACACAAACGAUAUCAAUUGGGUACAAUGCUCUCGUUGUGAUGCAUGGCUGCAUCAAUUAUGUGCACAUCCAUCACUGAGUCAUACAUCUACUAUGGACAUGGACUGUUUUGUGUGCCAGUUUUGUGAAACUCAAAGUGAAUAAUCUUAUUGUGUAAAACUUGUUUACAUGACUGUGUAUAAUUAUUACUACUAUUUACACAAUAGUGACAGACACACACUGAUACAUUAUUGCAAUGGUACCUCACAAUUU